GUUUCCGACCUGUUGAGUGAUUAUGUUCGACCCCGCCCCCCUGUCUACAGUAAAUGAUAAGUCAGUCGUCAACAAGAUUUAUUACAGUAAUCAUCUACCACCGCUGUAGACACACCAGCAAACAAGAACUGUCGAUUUGUGCGUCAGCUGAACAGAGACAUAAAUCAUGCAUUUAAAUCAACACAAGGUGUAGUUUUUCUUUAAUUUAAUACUUCCUGCUGGUGCUACGGUAGACGCCGCCGUGUCGCUACAUGAGCGAUCGGUGACUCAAUGUUAGUCAGCGUAACAAACAACUCGGCUCAUUGCGUGUCCUGAACUGGCGAGCUCACGGUUGUGGGUUUAAGUGCUUGUGAGCCGUGUUGGCAGCGUGGCAUUAACUCCUCCGCUCACAGCUCCUUUUUUGGAGCUUUUGUUCCCAAGGAAAAAAAAAACACUUGUGUUUAAACAGAUGUCAGAGAAAGGCCUCGGGCACCGAUUCUGUCUGACUCAGAGGCAGUGUGUAUCAUCUCCAAGGAAGGCAUGAUGACAUUGGAAGACUGAGCCAGUCGAGACAAAGCAAACUCUAACAGGGACGAGGGAGUGAGGAAAAGUCCUCACCCACUUUCAACUUCAGUCCCAGGGCAGCCGCGUCGGAAGAGACGCUUAGAUAAUGGAGUAAAACCCAAGGCCAUGACCCGACCAUGACUUUGACUCUCAGAUUAUGGCAGAAAAACAGAUCAUACCAACAGUCAUUCAGGGAGAUCAGCUCCUGGUUCUGGCGUGGCUCGGUCACGGUUGAAGCAAAGUCACUGUCCAGGGAAUGGCUGCGCAGAUUCAUACUGUUGAAGGUGACGAUGGUGCUGCUGUUCCCCAAUAGAUCAAGUCUCCCCCUUCUGGUAGGCUGUGGGUUCAGCCUGAGGGCCCUGUUGUUGCUGCGCUCUCCUCACAUCUCCACCAAGCCGUCCACUGUGUUCCUGGUGCAGUUGGCAUCGUCUGACUGUCUGAUCUUACUACAGUGGACGCUGUGGCUCAGUGUCAAACUGUCCUGGUGGACAGAGAAGCCGGGCCGUGGAGAAACCGUGAGCGACCUCUGCCUGCAGCUGUUGGACGCUCACCACCUGGCCUCUCUGCUCCUGCUGGGCCUGCUGGGCCUGGAGGCCACGCUGGUGUCACGGUGGCCUCAGCAGACCGUGCGCUUCAGGACCUCUCACUGGGCCCACCUCAGCUGCGCCCUGGUCUGGAUGUUUGUGCUGCUGGAGUUCACGUUGUCACUGCAUCUGCAGACUCUACGGAAGACAAAUCCUGACAACUACUGGUCACAACUCCAGGACUCCAAACUGUCCUUUGUGGGACUGGUGCCCCCUUCGUUCUUGUUGUCCACCUUCUCCCCAUGUCUGAGGAAGCUUUUGUGGUUGAUGAACCUCUGGUUGCAUUAUGCACUGUUUUUCAGUAAACCACCACGUAGAAGGAGUUCCUUUCAUUAAAGCCUUUUAAACUGGUUUUCAUUCGCUCUUUAUUUAUUAUUUAUAAUAAACAAAUGUUCAACAGAAAUCGAGUUAUUUGGCCGCAAGUGCCUGUGCUUUUUCUGUGGAAACUAAGAUAAACUGUUGCCUACUGAGUUAACCAUGUUAAGUAAUUUAUGUAAUUAAUUAGAUUAGUACUUUUUAUACUAUUUUGUCACAAAUAAAAAAGUGUGAAACACAUACAUCUACCUGCUGUUGUUUUCUGUUCCAGCAAUAUACAAAAAAAAUUUUUUUUUUUGGAAUGUUGAUUUCAGACAAUGAAUUGUGAUUAAUCCAUAGCUACUGUGGGAUUAUUAAAAUUAUACAUUUGACCUUAAUGUAAAUGUCAUGUUCAGUAGAUGCGUGAAACAGAUUAUUUAAAAUUGACAUUUACCAAAUUUGGCGGAUGCAGAAUAAGCAGAAACUAAGACCCAAAUUACGUGUCUGCAGGUUUCACACAGGCCUCCUACACAUACGUGUAUGUGGGUUACAGGAAGCUACCACACUACCACACGUGGACCAUUAGGUCACAUGGGCUCCUCAUGUUUAUUUCAGACCAUGUUUUACAGAAAUCUCUUGUGCAGAUACCAUCUUUGGUAACUACCAUGACGCAGAGUACUGUUAAUACUGAGAAAUAUUUACGUAUUGAGGGGGGGGGAAAAAACGUUACUACAGUCACUGACAAAAAUGAAUAAAAAAGACAAAACAAAAAUGUGUGGGAUUAUGGUCACUGUUGUACCGAAAUGUCUGUUUUCAUUUUCCACCACCAAGCCAUUUUUAGGGUCUGGGUGGAGGGUGGGUCUGUGGUGGAGUGCAGGGUGGCAAACGCCACACAAUAAUUGGGUUGCAUCUCUUUUUAACUGACUACAUCCACGACAUCGAAUACAAAAAAAUCGAGCAGAGGGAAAUUAUGAGAGACGCACGCAGCUAACAGUUAACAUCCUGUUGAAAAACAAAAAACCUCAGACACGGCAGAGCAACAAUAUCAUCACACACACCCACACACACACACCGUUUGUUUUGACAGUGUCUGUCCCUCGGUGUCAGAGACAGUUCUGUUUACGAAGACAGUUCUGUUUACGAAGACAGUUCUGUUUACGAAGACAUUUCUUUUGCUUUUGUCUGCACUUCCAUCUCAAUGUUUAAAUUUCUUUUACCUUUGAGUCAUUUUUACCAUUCUAUAUUUUAUUGUUGGUAUUUUUUCCUUGGACCACAAAAAAUUAUGUUCUGAACUGCGCUCUAUUUUAUUCUGUUUUAUUCUAUUCUAUUUGUUGCUCACAGUUGAAUUAAUAUUGCACCGAAAAGUGAAAAGUUCUGGUAGGAAACAGCCCCACCCAGUGUCCACACCACGUAUUGAAAACAGACAUGGUCACCACAAUCAGAACUAAAUAUAAUGUAUAGUUAAAAUAGUUGCCAUGAAAAUGCGUUUUAAAAGCUGGGCAUUUAAA